AUGAGUGAACAGAAUCAACAGAAUCAACAAAAUCAACAGAAUCAACAAGAUCAAAGUCAAAAGGAUCCUUUGGAUAAUGAAGAAAUCCAUGUUUUAUUAGGAAACAAACAAGUCAAACUCAACUCAAUAAACAAACCACACGCAGUGAAUCCAGUGCAACAUCACCAACACCAUCAACAACCAGGAAAGAACCCGUUGAUCAACAACUCAGGACACAGACCGACACUGGACGAUACAAAGAAGUGA